UACGGUAGCGGCGCCCGUGGGCGGGCUGGCCAAUCAGGGGUCGGUGCACCGCGGGCCGGCGUUGCCGGGAUGCCGAAGGAAUACGGGCAAGGCUGGAGUGCGGAGCUGUGGCCCUGGCCGGGCCGCUGGCGGGCGCGGAGCCCACCCCGUCCUCUCUAGGCCAGGGACGCAGGCCGCGGGAGCCGGGAGACUCGGUGCCGCCUCCAGCAGCCUGGGCCCGCGGGGCAGCCGCCGGGAUGCGGAGGGAAGCGCUGCGCUCACCCGACCUCAGCCCCUGGGCGGGGCGGCAGAGCGGCACACUGCAUGGAUGUCUUCAGAGAACUAUCCACGGUCUCUUUCCUGAUUAGCUGUAGCUAAAUUAGCCCCCAUGAUAUUGUAUGUAUAGGUGGGGUUAUUUUUUCCAAUGUGCAUUACUUUACAUUUAUCCACAUUAAAUUUCAUUUGCUAUUUUGUUGCCCAAUCACUUAAUUUUGUGAGAUCUUUUUGAAGCUCUUCACAGUCUGCUUUGGUCUUAACUAUCUCGAGCAGUUUAGUAUCGUCUACAAACUUUGCCACCUCACUGUUUACCCCAUUCUCCAGAUCAUUUAUGAAUAAGUUGAAUAGGAUUAGUCCUAGGACUCAUCUUUGGGAAUCACCACUAGUUACCCCUCUCCAUUCUGAAAAUUUACCAUUUAUUCCUACCUUUUGUUCAUCCUCCUCCUUUUGUAAUUCUUCCACAGGGACACAUGGAUUCUCACCUUAAAAAACUUACCAUGUCCAAACAUAGUAGUGCCCCUACUGACUCUAACAGUACCCUUUCUAUAGGCAACACAGAAAGGGUGGAAACUGACAAAAACAAAGACCUUAAAAGGGAGAGCCUCGUGGAAACUCAGUUUAGUCACAGCAGAUUCCUAAAGAAAAAGCAGCAUGCACAAAGAAACCAGCUGAACCAGAAUACUUGUGCCAUGCAGGAGGGGAACAAGCAUGUUGCAAAAAAAACUCUGGAUACAGCCUCAAAGGUGAGGUCAAGUGCCGUUCUGAGAAAGCUAGCACAGAUAGAAAGCAAGAUCAUGACCCGAAAGGUGCAGAUGGAUUUUUCUGAUACUGGAUUGGACCCGAAGAUUUCGGAUGAAAAGAACUUAUCAGCCAGAUCCAGCCUGGAGGAGAGUGCAAGAGGUAGCAGGUAUCUGAAGAAAAAUGACACAGUCAAGGAAAAUGUGACAUUGAGUAAAGCCCAUUUCAAGGAGAAAAGUAGCUGCCAGACAACAAAAAACAAAGUGCCAAUUAGAAAACAACGUGGUCUAGAUAGUGAUGAAGAGGAAAUGAGACAAUUACUAGGGAGCUCUUUGGAGUUUUCCAGUGAAAAUGAGAACCAGAAGGAUGUCACCAAUUUUUCUAAACCUGACAGAAAGUUAUUCAUGAAGUCCAAGAUGAAGAGUCCACCAAGAACAUCUUUUCCACCCAAAAAACAGUCUUUGACAAAUCUAUUUAGUGUUCCUUCACUACUUAGCAGAAGUUCUCAGAAAAGAACCUCUGAUAGAAUUAAUCCACAAACUCCCUCUCCACCAAGUAGAAACUUGCAAAGACCAACUAGUAUGUCUUUUCAAUUGCCAACUUCAAUAAAAGACAGCUUUGCAGAGACCACUUCACCUAGAACGAACCACAUCAAACAAAGUCAGGUGUCCUUGUCUGAAAGGAGUGAAAUCAAGUCUUUGGAUGAGUUGUUUUCAAAAGCAGCAGAUACAGAAAAUGCAACCAGUGACAGUUCCAAUGACUUCAGAUUAAAUAUUUUGAGCAUUGAUGACUUGGAUCCAAAUGUUUCUGGUGAUAGAGAAACAUUAAAACAAAUGGAGACAGACAUUCAAAUAAAAAAAAAAUCAAACAAGGACUCAGAACCAAUUGUGUUUCCUGUGAAUAAUAAUGACCAAACCCCCCUUAAAGUGGUGAGUGUCCUAACUAGUACUAAUGCUGCUUCUAACAAUGAUAUGGAAGGGGAAAUCAUGACUGAAGCUGAAAUCUCUGAGGUUUUAAGUGGAAUUUCUACAGACUAUUUUAGCGUUAGACAAGUGUUUCCAGGACCUGAGGAGAGCACUGUUAAUUCAGAAUAUUCUGAAGACUUUGAAAAAUCUCUGUCUCUACCAGUAUCUGAGACUACAGACAAAAAAUCCUUGUCUGAAAUGACAGUGGGGCAGUCUAACAGCUCUAUGUAUUCCAGAAAAGACCUUUCUCCCUCACUCUCAUCGCCUCAGUCUAACAAAAAAUGGCAUGAGACAGUAAGCAGAGUGACUGUGAAAGAGAUGGCUGUGCAGACAACUGAUUCUCCAUUCUCCUAUCACUGGUCAAAGAGGGAUGGCACAGCAAUCCUUGGCCCAGCUCUAGGAUGCAGUUAUAUUGAUCCGGUACCUAUUGCCAGUCACGUUGUCACCAUGGAUGCCAUGGAAGCCCUGACAGCAUACAGUCCUGCAGUGUUUGCUUUGAAUGACUUGUUAAAACAGCACUUGAUACUGACCCAGCACUUCGUGGAGACCAUCCACCAUCUUCAUACAUCACUUGUGGAGUCAUUGGAGAAUGAGACAUUUCAAUAUCACACACUGGCAGAAGCUAAGGAGUACAUCAAGAGUCACAAAUCCCCACCUCUGACAAUUGAGAAAGCAUUGGAAGAAGUUCAGAAAAUGAAAGAGCAGUAGCUGCUUUGAGCGUACCAUAAUGAAUAACCAGAUUUACUUUCACAAGUGGGAUUUUCAGUUGCAAGUCUCAAACUGAAAUAAGAUUUUCAACUGUUGUAGAAAAGGCAGAUACUGCUACUGAAUUGAUUUUGCAUGUGGUAAGAAUUCAUGCCAUCUGUAAACUUUAUCCUUAUGUACAUGCUCUUCAGGAACAAGAAAGUAGCCUAUCACUACAGCAAAUAUUAGUUUUAACUACCUACAUGUCUUCAGUGGUAAGUUAGACUUAAAAUGUGCUAAGUAAGAAACAGCACAUUAAACCUAGCAAGCAAAGAAACAAAGGAUUAUAUGUAGUGUUUGUUGCAUUAUAAAUCAGAACUUGACCUGCAUAUUUAACAUAGUGGUGAUAUGGUUAAAAAAAAAAGCAAACCUCCAUUAUUGUUCAGGUGAGGAGUCCAAAAGUGAAAGAAUAUCAAUCAUAUUAAGUUAGUGCACUGCUUCAUUUCAAACUGUGUAUGGAUAUAAUUUUGUCUUCAAGUUGUUAUAGAAAAAAUUUUCAGAACACCUACUCUUAAAAAUAAAGGUGAAUUCCAGACAAGUUAAGAAGAAACUACUUUAUCUAGGUAAGGACAACCCACUUACUUUGGAAAAACAAGCUAAAGGCAAUUUUAUAAAAGUGUUUAUUUGAAGGCAAAACAGUAAAAUUCACAAGUUGGUAACAUACAUGUCUUUUGCUGAUUCACAGACAGUUACAGUUUCACAGCUACAAUAAAUCUAAAACAAGUUGAUUUACCAUAUUGGA